CCCGUUCCGUUCAACCAAACCCUUACCUUUCAAACAACGUCCAGCCCGUCCGUCAAUUGCAAACCGCGACCCGGAGGAAAAUCCAUUACAACGUCUCCGAAUCCGGCGAAUCGAAGCGCGCAACGGUCAAAGAAGCACUCGAGAUGUCGCAGGAACCGCACGCCGACCGCGACCCGGUCAUGAAAGCGAUCAAGGACAGGCUCCUCAGAUGGACCUGCGAGCGACACGCCACCGACUGUCCCCUCGACAGACAUCUACUACGUGACAAAGCCUUGGAAUUGGCCGGCGAGCAUGAACUGACCGGCUUCAAAUGUUCCGACAGAUGGCUAACGUGUUUCCUGAAGAGACACGGCUUCUCCCUCGACCCGAACGACUCGUCCGGACCGGUCUUCCGCAACUAUCGAUUAUGGAUCGACGCGAUGCGGUCCGUCAUCACGCAGUACAAACACAAGGACUUCUUCCAUUUGGACGAAUUAACUAUGUACUCCGACGUCUCGCCCGCCGGCGUCUCCUCGGCGAUGUUUCAUUCAGCGCGCCAAGACGCUUCUCUGAAGAAAACGACAGUGCUGAUGUGCUGCAACGCCGCCGGCACCGAGAAGUCACCGCUCUUGAUCUGCGGCACUUACCCAGCCGUGCUAAAAGGCGAGGAUUACGUGUACACUCACAAUGAAGAUGCCUCGAUAAGCGACGAGCUCUUUAGGGAGUGGCUGAGCCGAUUGAACGAUCGUAUGUCGUGCGGCGAGCGGAAGAUCCUGCUGCUGUUGCAUAGGGAUCGAGUGAGCGCCUUCCAAGAAUUCGAGCUGAGCAACAUUCGGCAUAUCUUCUUCCCCGAGAACUUCCCGCCACUGCUGAGGCCCUUAAAGAGGGACGUCUUCCACUUUGUGAAGAUGAUCUACCGGAGCAAGUAUGUGGAAGGAAUCAAGGAACGUGGGCGCCGGUGGAACGUCGAGAACGUAGUGGAAAGCUUGUUGGAAGCUUGGCGGAAAGUUCCGCGCGCGCUUAUUAUCGCCAGUUUCCAGCGAACGAGCUUCAGAACCGACGACUGCUUCCUGGAGAUUGAUUGUGACGCGUGGCAAGAACUAGAGGCUGGGAUUUCUUUCGAGAGGUUCGUCACGUUCGAUGACGAUCUUUCGACGCCGCGAAAACAGCGCCGAUCUUCCGGUCACAAUUACAACCUGAGGACCAGAGAAGAGAUCAUUCUGGUGGACGAUAAGUUCGGUCCCAGAAGGGAGCUUCCAGCCGAAAGAAUCUUCGACGAGUCGCAAGCGGACGGAGACUCAAAGAGAAUUCAUGGAAAGGUGGACAUUGAUCGGAAGAAGAAGAAGAAAAAGAAUUCGUUGAAGAGAUCUCACGAGGAAGUUCAACUGGACGAAGACCUUCUCGUAGAGACGAUCAACAUGACGUCGACUGAUAAUUCAAUUGCUGACUCUGCUCAGGAGUCGAGGCGUCACGAAGAAGUCGUCGCUGCUUCGCCACCGGCGAAGCGCCCGAAGAUAAUCAGCAUUGAAACCUUCUAUGUGGCGAAGGAACAGCGAACGGAUGCAAGCACUCAAAGCACUGCCGAAUCCGAAGAAAUCAACCCGACUACAUCGAGAACAAACGCGGAUCACAUUGUCCAGGCAAUCGAUGACACGAUUAACUACCAGGAAGAGGGAAAUGGAAACAGCGAAGCUUCGAGCAGUGGUGAGCAGCGAUCGAUGGAGUCCUCACGGCGAAUCGAUGUCUCGAACGCGGGCGAUUUCGCGUCGCAACAAGUGUGCGACGAUAUUCCCGCCACUGAUUCGGAGAAUCCGAACACGUCGAUGGUUUCCGGAGUUAUCCCGGGAAAGGAGGCCAAGUCGAGCGAUGCGACGCCGGCGAUGGACGGAAACGACCGCCAUUCUUCGCGGCAAUCCCCGAAGAGAAAGCGAUCGCGUUUCGUCGACGUCGAAAAGCCGCUGGAUUAUCCGGACGACGGCGAGCCGGAGCGGAAAAAGUCGAGGUCCGAUUGCGAUUGGGCGAAGCGAUACGAGACGACGUUCGUCUUCGGCUCGUCUGAACUCGCGCCUGGCAACGAAGACGCGCAGCAGCCGAGACCGAGACGACUAUGCGAGGCGCAGAAGAGUAUCUUCACCAUAAGGCCCAGGAAGGAUUAGAAACGACUCCGCAGCCAGAGGUAUGGAAGCCGGAAAUCUAACGAAAGUGUGUGUGUCUGACGGAAGAUUCAACUUGCGGAAGAAGCACAAAGCUGACAGUGCAGUGAACGUUCUCGAGCGCCAUGUGUGAUAAAUAAGUUCCCAAAGUGACACGGAGCUGCAUUGACGUGCAACACAGUCGUGCUAAAUCUUUCAUUUUAAUACCCCUCUCUCCUCCGCUUAUCGAUCAACGCACUCAUGUAAACGAUUUACGAAUUACGAUCGGUAACGGGGCAAUUGUUGUUAAUUGUUUAUUUAUUUAUUCUUCCGUGCUUUGCGAUUGGAUGUGGCUUCCGAUUUACACAUUCGUACAUUUAUAUAUUCAUGUGUUUUCUAACUUUCAUUCAUUAAAUUUAAUCGACUCAAAACC